AUGGGGUUUCCAUGCACGAACCUGAUGCCCCUCCCCGGCAGUGCUGUCCUCGCUGCCAGGCGCACGCCGAGUCUAGCGACCAGCAGCAGCAGCGGUGGAGGACGUGCUCGUGGGGCGAGAGGGAGAGCCGUGAUGCUCCCAGCAUUGUCGGACAGGUCAAGCCCGUCGUCCUCGGGCUCGGGGGAUUCAAGAGCCCGUCGUACUGCUGUGUUGGCAACGGAUCACGAUCACGUCGCCGGGAUUGGGAUCGCUGAAUUCCUCGAGGGCAACAACUUCCUCAUCACUGGCGGAACUGGAUUCCUGGCCAAAGUUCUUAUCGAGAAAAUUUUGAGGGCGAAUCCUGACGUUGGUAAGAUAUACGUUAUGAUCAAGGCCAAGGACGCCGAGGAAGCAUUCAAGAGGUUGCAAACUGAGUGGUGGCGAGAUACGGAAACAUAUCCGUCCCGUCUCCUGCAUCCUGUGUCUUUCACGCUGCUCGCCGCGGCGUCCGCAGCGUCGGCGGCAUGGACAGCCGUCGCGGUCGACGUCACGGGCACGCUGUCAGCGCUCCUGGACCUCAACGACGUCACGGAGCUAGCAGGGCGGUUGUCGCUGACGCUGCUCGCCGUGCCGAACGGUAACCUUCCGUGGUCGCCGUCGGCAUUCGCAGCCGAGUCGGGCGCCAACCUUAUCGAUGUUCUCCGCGACCACACGUCCUCCUCGAGUACCUCGCCCCCACUGACCUUCGCCGCCUGCCCGCCUCCGGGAAGCUCGUGA